AUGACGAGACGGAUCCUGGAACUUGCUGAAUUGCGUAGAGCAAUGCGAAGAGAACGCGUUUUCCGUGAUCGUCGAAACCCUUUGGACAUUUUUGGUGAUGCAGAACUUGUUAAGAGGUGUCGAUUCUCGAGGGAGGGGAUAAUGUUGAUAACGGACAUUGUUGCCCCGGAUAUUGAACAUCCUACAAGGAGAAACUUCGCCCUACUCCCUUCUCAGCAGGUGUUGAUAGCACUUCAAUAUUAUGCAACUGGCACCUUCCAAUAUGUUGUUGGGGAUCCUCUACCAGUAUCUCCGCAAACUGCUUGGCAUGCUAUUCAUCGUGUGACUGAUUCUCUCGCAGAGAAGAUAGGUGACUAUGUGAAAUUCCCUGAUGCACGAAAUAUAGCCCAAAUCAAGGAUGGAUUCUAUAGGAUGAGACGUGUACACUUUCUAGGAGUGAUAGGCUGCGUGGACGGAACUCAUGUUUGGAUGUGUUCUCCACAUGAGAACGAUAUCGACUAUAUCAACAGAAAAAGAUAUCAUUCAAUUAAUGUGCAAGUCAUAUGUGAUCACAAGGGGAAAUUCAUCAACAUCGUGGCAAGAUGGCCUGGAGGUGCACACGAUAGCAGAAUAUUGAGGACAAGUCAGGUUUGUGAUCUCAUGGAGAGUGGUGCUAUUGAUGGGUUCAUCCUUGGUGAUAGCGGAUAUCCGUGCCGAAGCUGGCUGAUGACACCACUUCUGAAUCCGCACACCGCUUCUGAGCGGCGUUACAAUUCAGCUCAUAAGCGUACUAGGGUUUUGGUUGAACAAACGAUUGGCAGGUGGAAACGUAGGUUCCAUACCUUACACCUUGAAAGUCGUUUGAAAAAUCCAGAGGAUACCUGGAAAGUAAUUGCAGCAACAGCUGUGCUGCACAAUAUCGCAGUGGACAGAAACGAGCCUCAGGUUGAUGAUGUUGAACCUGGGCGUCAACAACCUGAUCUGGAGGAAUAUACUGUGUAG